GGUUUUUCAAAGUCGGUGCUUCUUUGUAGACUUGCUCCUCGUUUCCUUCCUCAUCCUGACUACUCUGCCUGUACAGACAGGAUUAGAUACACUCACGGCCUCCAUUGUGGUUCCUGCAACUCCCUUCUUUAUUCAGCAGCUUUUCAGAUGCCUUCUUUCAGAAGAACUGCACCUGGAAUACUAUGACAGCAAACAGUGUAAUUGGGAAUGUAUAGAUGCUGUUGAACUCUUAGCAGAACAGUGAGAAAAUUGGCUGAUUCAGUUGAAAGCUUUAAAUGCAGUAGAAAAAGCAGCUUUGCUCUCUGCUUUCAAGGCCACAGGCUCUCAACCAGCACCUGCCUUUGGAAUGGGAGGACAGCAAACCUCAGGCUUUGGGCUGUCAAGCUUUCCAGUGAGCAGCAGCAGCAGCAGUACCAGUGCCAGCAGUUUCUCCUUUAAGGCCAGUUCCAGCCUCAUCAGUUCAACAUCAUCUGGGAGCAGCCCUGCUGCUGGGAGCUCUUCUGCUGCUGCAAACGCUCCUGCAUUUGGGACAGCAUCCUCUCCUAGCGCGCCCCAACCCGUUGGCUUUGGCAGCCCGGCCGCUCCGUCCGCAGCCUCCUUCUCCUUUAAAGCAGCUGCCACGGCUGGUGGCUUUGGGACUUCUGGCUUCUCAGGCUUUGGCAGUGCUUCUGCUGUGAACUCUGCAAGCACCACUCCAGCAGCCUUUGGAGCCUUUGGUGCCACCGGUGCCACUUGUAGCUCGCCUGCGAGCGGUGCUUUAUUUGGACAGAGCACCAGUGCCUCUGGCCAUCCUGUCACCUCGGCGUCUGCUGCAGCCACCAACCCCAGCCCUGCCUCAGAGAAGUUAUUCACACCCAAGAGCGAACUGUCAGCUGAAGAGUGGCAGCAGUUUGAAGCAAAGGAGUUCACAAUCGGAAAGUUUCCUAUUAAGCCACCACCAUUAGAACUUUUAAAUGCUUUCAACCUUUUAAGUUUACUCUGAAAUGUUAAUUUUUGUCUCCUUUCUCAAUUCUCUUCUGCAGAAAGAAAUGCACAAGUAUAAACUUUUGAACCUUAUUUUGGGAUGGACUUCAUACAUCUGAAAGAUGAACUGUUGAAACUAAAAUGCCUUCUGUAUGUUGUCCUGUGAAAUUCUGUACAAAGUCUAUAUGAAAAAUAUGGUGUCAAAAGAAAGAAUGUUUCAGUCAGGUA